AGUGCUCACUACGGAGGAGCUUCAAAACAUACGUGCUGUGCUACCAAGUUUGCAGUGGUUCUUCCUUCGAUGUCAUUAUGUGAUGGAAACUACUUCAGAGUCAGUAUAUCUCCAUGAACCAACAGCUAAGUAUAUUGAGCAUUGCUGCUGCACGUUGGUAUAUUUGUUUGUACGGCUGCUACUAAGCGCAACAAAUCAAGCAAUACAAACAUGAGCGAAGGAUUUUAUGACAUUGCCAGAUGUGCUGUACUGUUGGUUGAUGAAGAUAGGUUUGUCAGAAAGAAGGCUAUCAAGUCUGUAGAAAACUACUUGAGGACUAAGACAGGCCAGGAUGACGGUGUACUAAAUACAGUAAUUAUGACCUUGUCAAGCGCGUUAAACGAUCCUGUUGAGGUUAAUCGCGAACUUGCAGUCAAAGUCUUUGAGAUGUAUUUAGAUGUAACUAGAGACGUAUCAGCCCUCCUUCCAUCAUUAGUUCCUGUGCUUGUGAUGCGUCUAGGACAGAAAGAUAUAACAGAACAUUCUGAAGAAGUCCGGUUUUCUACGAUGAACCUACUAUAUACUUUGGUAACUAGAGGUGAUGAAGCGUCUGCAUUCCUGGAUGACUAUAUAUCAAUUCUUCAGAAAACGUUUGUAGAUCCAUAUCAUGAGGUCAAAAAGCUUUCUUGUAAGAUAGCUGUUGUUUUGUCUGAAAGGAAGUGUCAUCGGUUCUAUCAGAUAUCGGAAUCCAUUUUAUCACCAAUGCUAUCCAACCUGACACACCAACACUCAAAAGUUAGGCUAGAAACUGUAAGAGCACUUGAAAAAGUCCUGUUAUACGGCCAAGGGAAGUUUGUAGAGAAUAUCAUACCACCACUGACGCAGCGACUAUUUGACUCAUCAUCGGCAGUAAGACAAGCUGUCAUACAACUAGUAGGCUCGUGGUUGUUGGAUUUACCGGACAGGUACUCUUAUCACACGAAGUUACUGCCACUACUUCUGUCUGGUUUGACUGAUGAGUCGGAUGAAAUUCGUGAAGUCGCUGUUAAUUUGUGGCAUCAUAUAGCUUUUAGGACUUAAGUUUGAGAAGGAAAACGAAGAACAUCUAAAAGAUAAAAUGGACUUCGACAAAGGUGCUCCUUUUUCCUAUCCAUAUGAAUGCAGACGACCGGUACUGGGUUGUCGAGAACUGAUUUACAGAUCAGCAUCUAGGCUAUUUCCAGCUCUGUGUAAAGAUCUUUCUGAUUGGCAAGAGGCAACUCGUUUGAAGGCAGCCAGUUUGGUACCUAUUUUAAUUCUACACCUUGAAGAAUCUGCUACUCAACACACUCAACAUCUCUUAACUGGAAUAGGAAAUGGCUUAGCUGAUGCACUUAGUCGAAUGCCACCUGCUGGAAAUAUAUCUCUAAUAAAUACGAUGCCUUUCAUUUCAUUCCGGAGUGCACUGAAUUCAGCAGACAAUAUCGACAACACUCGUAACUUGGAUAUCGUCGGUUUAAUCUGUAAACAUGCCAAUUCGCAUAUAUUUGGUCCAGCUGAGGUCAAUGAAGCAGCUAAAGUUAUCAACCAAUUAUUUGUCUCAACGCAAAUUUUGGGCUGUAUGAUUUCAACCAAGUUUUGGUGGCAUUUACUGGAACCGUGUCUUCGUCGUUGUACAGAAUCAGUUGCACCUGCUUCUUUAGCUGGACAUUUGUUCUUACUUUCUGGAUUGUUAUACGGAAGUCCUUUAUAUCAUUUGGUUACAAUAUCAAAUCCAAGUGAUUUAGAGUUUAAUUCAUUAUUAAAGCAGACCAGUACCAAUGCUGUCGAUGAAAAUGUUAAUUCCAAUACUGGAGAUGAUGCAUCUGUUGACUGUCAGAUAAGAGGUAAUACAAAAAUCACUCAUGUAAACGAGAAUCCUUUACAUCAGAUUAUAGCUUAUCUUAGUCAAAAUGAAAUUAUCUCGGUUGUAUCUAUUAGUGCUAAAGCAAGUCUACUGGUGUGUAUUGAAGUUUGCAUUAGACGUCUCGAAGAGUCAGUUCUUUUGUUAAAACAGGAACAAAGACAACGGGAAGGUACUUUGGCGACUAUGGACUCAACUAAUGAUAUGUGCAAGAGUAUCAUUCGAGCAUCUUAUGAUGCAGCAAAAUUAUUAACUCAAGAUACGCAAAUCCGUUCAUGGUUAUUUGAGAUAAUUCUUGGUUUGAGUGCAAUCUGGCCAGAAAAUGAUUUAAUUGCCUCAGAUUUUGGUCGUGCAAUACUCAAUUUAUGUGAUAAACUGUUGCGAAGAUUAGCAGCAUGUCAUCGAGACUGUGUAAACUUGAACAAAGAAACUAAUUUGUCAUAUGGUGACUAUGAAGCGAUGAAUGAGUCGAUGAUCUGUUCAACAGCCACAACAAAUGAUGUUAAUCAAUUAUUUUUCAAUUGUAUGCCUAAGCUGAUCGAAAGACUAAAUGAAGAUUUAAGGAAGUCUGUUUCAUGGCAUCCACGUUCAACUGGAUUAGCAAUACUUUCACGUUGUUUACAAUUAUCUGGUCCAGCUCUUCUAAUCAAAGCUAACUCCCAACAAUAUAAUGUAUCAUUGAAUCAUGAUGAUAAUGAAAGCAGUGUAGAAUGUCUAACUGCUGUACUGGAUCUUUUAGAACGUGGUUGUCGAUUGGAUCAUCCACCUGGAGGCAGUAAACUGGAUAAAUCACCAGGUGGUACUGAUCCAUUAACGUUAGCUAGUGAAGCUGAAAUACGCCUACGUGGUUUAAUGAUACUCACAAGGUUAACAGAAAAUAGUCAUAUUCGAGUUGCAUUAGCAUCACCAAAAUAUUUAAAUUACUGUUUAUCUAAAUUAAUACUACCUGUAUGUGUAUGGAGAGCUGGUCGAACAUCAGAAGCAAUGCGUAAAGCAGCUGUUACAAGUUUUUUAGCACUAUUGGCUGCAGCUGUUUCAAUUAAUGAUUUAAAUGAACUUGUUAUUGGUAUGAGAACAAUUGAGGAGAUACAAAUCGAUAAAUGGCUAUAUGAGAAUACUAAUGAAUCGUUUGAUGAUGUUUUAAUAGAGUUGACAAAUAAAAAGAUGUUGGAUAGUGAUAAUAUUUCAAAUAAUGAUCACACUGAAAAGAAGCUAGUUGAUAAAUACAGUAAUUUACCAAAUCUCUCCAGUUCAGUAUUAUCUUUAAUGUUAGCACGUUUGGGCUCAUUAUUAGAUGAUGAUUUGGAAGGGACUAGACGUAUGGCAUGUAUUUGCUUAACAAUGUUUUUUAAUGGUCUAUUAUUACCAUCACCGUUGUCAUCAUCAUCAUCAUGUUCACGAAAGGCAGGAUUAUCCUCAAAUGGUGAUCAUCAUCAUCUAUCUGUUGAUGAUAAUAAUGUGAAGAGAAUUUCAGAAUUUUUAAAUUCAUCCACUUGGAUUCAACCUCUUGGUGAGAACAAUAAUAAUGAAGCACAAAAGGAUAAUUUUAUCCCGUAUUGUCCAUUACCAAAUUCAUUUGGUGAUCAAGUUUAUCGUUUCUCUAACAAUUUUAUUAAACGUUUAAAUGAUUCAAAAGAUCAGAUACGUCUACUUAUAUGUGAGACAGUUAUUUCAUGGAUACGUUUACUCAUUCCAAUGUUAACAGCAACAAAUCAUGAAAAUGUCUCCUCUCAUCCUCAAUUGAAUCCUGUAUACACUGUUGUUAUUGAAGAUUUUCUAAAUGGUAUAAUUAUCCAUUUGGAUGAUCCAAGUUCACAAAUACGUGCAGCUGUAUCACGUGUUAUCCUUCGAAUGAAUCAAUUCACUUCAGAUUUAGUUAUUAAGGUAUUAAUGAAAGCGAAAUCUUGUCAUCGUUUCUCUCAAUUAUGUGAUCAACUCUUACAAUUUUGUCAUUCACACCGCACUAUCAAUGAUAAUUAAUAUUUAUGCGUUAGUACAACUUUGUCAAUGGAUGCGAUUCAAUUCUUUUAAUAAAUAAGGGGAAAUAAAUACAUCUUAUGACUGAUUAAAUUCAUUUUUUACUGGUAUCGUUUUAAUUGUUAACUUAUUUAGUUGUUUUUAUUUUUCAGGCGAGCAUUUUAAACUAAGAAAAAAUUGAUGAAUUUGUCUUCUAUCCCGGAAGAAAUGUGUAAUUGAUAGGUUUCUUAAAAACAAAGGGAAAUAAAUAUUAAGAAAACCGUAUAUAUCUCUAUUAUAAUGGAGAGUAAAAUAAAAAAAGUUACUAAUUUUAG